CGUGUGAUCUGCGUUCCGAGAAGCAACUAUCCGAACCGAAAGAGAGACGGAGAAGGAAAGGGAACAGAAGAAACGGGAAAAGUAGGACAAGGCACAAUGUCGCAACCUUCAAGCCAGAACGGCGUCUCAUACCCGAGGCAACCGCAACUCGUAUACAUCGACGGGAAAUACCAGAACAGCUCAGAUGGGGCGACAUUCCCGGUCAAGAACCCGAUGACGGGGGAGACCAUAUACGACUGUGCCUCGGCGACUGUCGACGACUACUCGGCGGCAAUCGAAAAGGCGCAUACGGCGUACCAGUCGUGGUCCAAGACAGGCCCGUCGAAAAGGAGACAGAUCUUCCUCAAGGCUGCCGACAUCAUCGAGACAUAUCUCAACGGUGACGCUCCCGAGAUACUGUCGGCCGAGGUGUCGGCAACCAAGCCGUGGGUCAGGCUCAACAUCCACGCCACCGCGGGCACUUUCAGGGAGACUGCGGGUCUGGCCACCCACAUCAAGGGAGAAGUCAUCCCUGCCGACAGGCCGGGAACUACCAUCCUUGUGGAGAGGCAGGCCGUGGGGGUCGUGCUUGCGAUUAGCCCCUGGAAUGCUCCGAUGAACCUGACAGCUCGGGCAAUAGCAUGCCCCUUGAUGUGCGGCAACACCAUUGUGUUGAAGCCCUCAGAGUUCAGCCCCAAGAGCCAGGACCUAGUUGUGCGAGCCCUGAUGGAGGCCGGCCUCCCAGCCGGUUGCUUGAACUUCCUUCCUACCAGCCGCGAGGCUUCGCCCUCCGUUACCGAGUUCGCCGUCAAGCACCCCAAGAUCCUGCGGGUGAACUUCACGGGCGGCGACCGGGUCGGGAGGAUCAUUGCCGGCUGGGCAGCCACCUGUCUGAAGCAGUGCGUGUUUGAACUCGGAGGCAAGGCACCCGUCAUAGUCCUGGAGGACGCCCUCAUCGACGACGCUGUCGAGGCCAUCGUCUUCGGCGCCCUCUCCAACAGCGGCCAGAUCUGCAUGUCCACGGAGCGGGUUAUCGUCCACAAAUCCAUCAGCGCGGCCUUCAAGGCGUCGCUGCUGGAGAAGGUGCGCAAACUCAGGUAUGGCAACCAUCUGACCGACCCGGAUGUCUCCCUUUCCGGGCUGUUCACGCCGGAAUCCGCCGCCCGCGUCCUGGACUUGAUCAAGAGCGCCGUGGAUGGCGGCGCAACGCUUCUGACGGGCGACAUGGAGAUCACCGGGCCUAACAAGACGAUCCUGGCGCCUCAUGUGCUCGAGGGCGUCAAGCCCGGCAUGGAUGUGUACAGCCAUGAGACCUUCGGCCCCAUCAUUAUUCUUUCCGAGUUCGAGACCGACGAGGAGGCCAUUGCCUCGGCCAACGACAGCGAUUUCUCGCUGUGUGCCAGUGUCUUCUCGAGGGACAUCAUGCGCGCCCUCGACGUAGCCAGGGCGGUCAGGGCAGGGAGCUGCCACGUCAACGGGCCGACCGUCUACGUCGAGGCCACGCUGCCCAACGGAGGAACGGGUGGUGGUAGCGGGUAUGGGCGGUUUGGCGGAGUCGCUGGGGUCGAAGCGUUCACUGAGCGGAAGAUUCUCACCUUGGCAAAGCCUGGCAUGAAGUAUGCAUUUUAGUGUAUAGGGGGUAAAUACAAUACUGCACACUGAGUUUAGUACUUGGUAGUAAUUAUC